GUACAACAUUUACCGCUAGCCAAAGAAGACUGCAUGCGACGUCGAACGUAGGCCUAAUACUGUAUAUUUUACCCUGUAGAUAUCUCUGCUAUGAUCAUAGAAUGCGGUGUUCUUCAAUAAUAGUUGCAUUAUGAAACGGAAGACAGUCUACAGGGUGGCCGUGGAUGUAGCCUGCUUGGCUUCAGUGGCCUUGCCUAGUUUGAUUUUGUAUCUAGUGGGAAAAACCUUCCAUCGAGGUUUCUACUGCGAUGAUGAAAGCAUUAAACACCCCUACAAGUCUAACACAAUUCCGACAUGGGCUGCCUCCUUUGUUGGGUUAACACUUCCUGUUUUGUUUAUCAUAGUUACAGAGGCUUCCAGGUUUUCUGUGUCGAAAAGAAAUUUUCUCAGUGCUACAAAGAGAAAUUUUGUGAUCUCCGUGUACAGAACUCUUGGCUCUUUUCUGUAUGGAGCUGGAAUCACCCAGCUUCUGACUGACAUUGCUAAGUACAGUAUUGGGCGACUGAGGCCCCAUUUCUACACUGUCUGUAAACCAAGUAUCCAGAAUUGUUCAUGGAACACAGGUUAUAUAGAAGAUUAUGUUUGUAUGGGAACUGAUCUGGCCGCCAUCCACGAAGCAAGAUUGUCUUUUCCAUCGGGACACAGUUCUUUUACCAUGUACUGUAUGUUCUACAUAGUUAUGUACCUACAGAACAGAAUGAAGUGGAGGAAAUGCUGGCUGUUAAGACCCGUGAUACAGAUCAUAUUGUUUAUCAUUGCUUAUUACACGUCCAUCUCCAGAAUCUCAGACUACAUGCACCACUGGAGUGAUGUUUUAGGGGGGUGUGUACUUGGGAUCACAGUUUCCAUUCUUGUGAUUUUUUUCGUGUCUGAUGUGAUGUCUGAUGUAGCAUGCUGUGGAGGCAGUAUAAAUAACCCCAACAUUCCGCUUUUCACCACCCACUCAGAUGAGGAUCGUCUAAGUGUAAAACAUUCAAAUGAUUCCCACAUAUCAACUGCAGGUGCCAGUCAAAUGACUGCACCUCAACCUCAACCUUGACUUUUUUAUCUUUGACCUUUUGCAGUGGUGUGGCUUUUGAUAGCACAGUGCUUAACUCCCUUGUCUUUUGUGUGCUUCUGUUAACAAUUUCUCCUCUAUUUGUUAAUAGUAAUUCAUUUAUUGUUAUAUACUUGUAUAUCUCUAGUACACUUUUCUUUUUUCAUAUAUCUUUGUAACAAAUAGCCAAUAUUUGACUGAACCAGACAUAUCAAAUUAUCAAUACACCGUAGAUAUCAUAUUUAUACCAGGAUCUCUGCACCUUUACAAAAUUAGUAAUGGCUGGUGAAUCAUAUCUGUCAUUGUGAAUAGAUGAAUCUAAGAGAGAAAGGAAAAGUAAUUUAUAUACCGAAUAGCGGUUUUUUUCCGCGGGGUUAUAAUUUUGGCAUAUUUCAGCGGUUAGAUAGCUUUCCACCAAAAUUUCAGUCGCCAAAUAUGCAUUCAAUUGUGGCUUCAGUAUUUGAAAGAGAGAAAACGCUUCCCUGUCCGCCAAAAUUUAUUCUGCUAAAAUUAUUAACAUAUACCUUUCAGCCAGCAAAUCGCCAAAUUUUAGACCCGCUGAAUAAACCCGCUAUACGGUAUAUAAUCCACAAUUAAGUAUAGAAAAAUGUACACAAGUAGUAGUAUAUAUAAAGCUUAUCAAGUGUCCUCAACUAGUUUCUUUAAUUCUCUUGAGGAAGUGAAGAAACUAGUUGAGCAUACUUAAUUGGUUUGAUAUUACAAAUUAUACAAGGCAUAGGAUAAAUAUGCUGUAUAUCAGUUUAUAAUACAAUUAUUAGGUAGAUAUGCACAAUACCAAACACUGAUUUCAGAGUUUGUGUCACUGAAGCAUUCGUUUAACAAUUCAGAUUGACUCUAGCUGCAUCUCCGGAACCCACGGUUGAUUACGCUUUGUUCCUCUCACCAUCACCCGUGGGUCCAUUCAUUCCUACUCGCUCGUUCUCAUGAAUAAAUAUUUAAAAAUAUUGUCUAAUCAAAGUACUCGUAGUAGCAGAACUCUUCUGUUUUUAAAGGUAGCAUUAACAUAACUUUGCUAUCACAACAAUUUUAUACCGAAAUUGGGUUGAAAGCAUCUUGUUGAUUGGACAAAUUCGCUCAGGGUAUACGAUGACUGCCCAAUCAAAUUGCCUCAUUAAUUAUUCAUGAGAUCGAGCGAGUAGAAAUGAAUGGACAUAUGGGUAAUGGAGAGAGGAAUGAAACGUUAUCAACUCUGGGUUUCCGACAGUGCACUCGCUGGUGUAAGGGGCAUGUGAAGGGCUGGAUAUGAUAUGGAAAUUCCGAUAUGAAAUUUUAUAUAUCACUGAACUAUAAGUAUUGUUUUAUGUAUUAGCAUAAUGUUAUUGUGAGAUUUUCUCUCUCAAUGUUUUACAUGAUUUUUAUCAGGUACAGACAUGCAGUACUUUUAUUUAUUGAUAUAUUUGUACAUAUACUGUUUGCAUUAGCAGGUUCAUCUAUUCCACUUCUUAUGACUAAAUUACGUUAUUAUGAUGCUUUAAUAACAAUCAUGUUAUUUUUAUUUAUGAAGGCCUUGCUUGUGAGUCUUAAGUAUGAUCAACUAAAUCAGAAUAUCAGUAAUCAUUGAUUCAGAAGAUGGUAUAAACUCGUAUAUCUACAUGUAUAUAUAAUCUCUUAUAAUGUAAAAGACAGCAAAAUGGGAAAAUAUGAAGGAUUGCACCCUUUGCCUUUGAAAUUCCACCAAAAGAAGCAUUUAGAUUACACGUCUUUACUAAAAAGGGUAGAUGGGUCCGAUAUAAUUCUAUCUAUCUAAAAUUUUCCGAAUGAACUAAAUAUUAUACUCGAUCGAUUGUGUAUUGUUUAAUGUCUCAAGAAUUUUUCAUUCAUUUGGAGACGUUGCCAUUGCCAGUAAAGGGCUUGAAAAUUUAGCCCUAUGCUCAGCGCUUAUGGCUUUUGAGCAGGGAGGGAUCUUUAUUGUGCCUCACUUGCUGUGACAUGGACCUCGGUUUUUGCGGUCUCAUCCGAAGGAGGUGUUGAGGAUCUAUUCUAACCCGGGUUACAACGGGAUUAUUAUACUCGAACCUCUUACUCGUUCAUAUAAAACAUGUACAUGCACUGUGAUAAUUUAAAACAUAUACAUUGAUAGAUUUAAAUUAUUUAAUUAUAACGUAUCUUAACACCAAGAUAAGGACUAGUAAGGAUAAACUAGACCUGAUCUGCUGGUGUAAGGUUUUGUUUCACCAAAGACAUUUACCAAGCACCAAUAUACACAAUGAAACAAAUUAGCUAGCUUAUUUUUUUCUAUAUUAUACAAAAUAGAUCUUAAAUUCAAUGAUGUAAAAGAAAAUUUAAAACUACCUCAGUAUAGUUUGAAGAUUUAUAUGAUGCCAGUGUUUCCUUUCAGUUUCUGAAACUUAUCAUGCAAUAUGCACAUUUUAUUUUUUCUAUUUUGCAUUGUUUUGAGAGAUCCUUGGUACCCAGGAUAACUCAUUGGAGUUUAUUGAGGACGUGAUAUGUACACUCUACAACUAAACAUAUUGUAAAGAAGUACAUCGUAUUAAAAAAAUGAAUUACAUAGUAGCAUAUAUGCACGGUUUUUGCUUAAAAUUUUCUCUAUACUUGAGGCUCAAGGAGAAUUCAUAUCUCAUAUUCUUGUACAUUCCACCAAAAUGUUUAAUGAUGGCCCCCAUCCCUGCACCUUUUCAAAAAAAAAUCUCGUCAUUGACACUAGGGGGAAUAACUCCUGGAUAAUCCAGUAUAUAUAUAUAUAUAUAUAUAUAUAUGCAUCUUUAUAAGCAAAGCACUCUUAUAUGCACUGUUUGUACUAACCACACACACACUGUACAUGACAUUCACUGUAGGAAUGUACAUUAAAUAACCUGCAUAUACAUGGUACGUGCAAAUUGUCAUGCGUGAAAUUUUUCACUAUCUCAAAUUAUUGUAUAAAUUCAAGUAAACAGGUUCUUUCCUUUUUUUCUAGUUGCCAGAUAAUUCAGUGGAGUAUACUGGUAUUCCGCAGCAGCGCUAGUAUUACUUAGCUCACUUGUUGAUAAUAAAGUCUCGGAACAAAUUCACUCCA